GCCUCAGCCCCAACCUACCUGCCUUCCAGUCUACCAGGAAGGAUGUGCGAUCCAACAUCUGAGAGUCAGUUAUGGAGAAGCAGCAGCCAGAUCCCUUCCCCAAGUCUUAUCUGUAGACUUGACCACAUUGUGAUGACUGUAAAGAACAUUGAAGACACCACCAUGUUUUAUUCCAAGAUCCUGGGCAUGGAGGUCACUACUUUCAAGGGAGACCGGAAAGCAUUGUGUUUCGGAGACCAAAAAUUUAACUUACACGAGGUAGGAAAGGAAUUUGACCCCAAAGCAGCUCACCCUGUUCCAGGCUCCCUGGAUGUUUGUUUGAUCACAGAAGCACCCCUGGAGGAGGUGAUUGAGCGCCUAAAGGCUUUUGAUGUCCCCAUCGAAGAGGGCCCAGUAUCCAGAACAGGAGCAAAGGGGCCUAUUCUAUCCAUCUACUUCCGAGAUCCUGACAGAAAUCUCCUUGAGGUGUCCAGCUAUGUCACUUCAUGAUUGACACUGGCCUUCCCCCAUUGUGAUCCACAAAAUGUCAUCUUACCUAAUUUCCUACAAAUCCCAGAGAUCUCGAAUAACUGAGAACUUGGGCAAAAGGGACCUAAGACAGGUUUAUGGUGCAAACGUUUGUGUCUAGAAAGCCUCCAUUCAAGUUACUCCAAUAAACAAAUCUCUCC